AUGCGCAAACCUCUCCAACAGCAGCAACAACAACAACAGCAUCAGCAGCCAAGUUAUACGCCACAUUUUCGCCAGCAACAAUCAAGAUCCUUUCAUUCUGUGUCUCCAGCUGCUUGUUCCAGCGACCAGCCACCCCAACGCCAACCUGCAUCUUUCACAUCUCCAUUCACCUCCAUCUCAUUACCAUCACUUCCAAACAACGUCAAAACCAGCCAAACAACACCGCAACAAUUAUCUCAAUCGUCAUCGUCAUCACCGUCACGACCUCUGACCUGUUACGUCAUCACCAUAUUAUCCGGACUGUCGUUCGUCUGCCUGUUUGUGGCUCUGGUCAGCGACAACUGGCUUCACACGCAGGAGAGGGUCUCCAAGUCCAAUGGCACGGCCACUUACACGGUGACCAAGAGUGGGCUCUGGACCAAGUGCUCGUACGAGAGUUAG